AUGGCUUCAUCAAUCAAUGGCCGAAAACCAAGUGAAAUUUUCAAAGCACAAAUUCUCUUAUACAAACACAUACUCGCUUUCUUAGAUUCCAUGUCUCUUAAAUGGACAAUUGAAAUGAACAUACCUAAUAUUAUCCAUGAUCAUGGCCAACCAAUUUCUCUUUCAAACCUUGUUUCAGUUCUUCAAGUUCCAUCAUCGAAAAUCAGUACCGUGCAGCGUCUCAUGCGUAUCCUUUCACACAAUGGAUUCUUCGAGGUUGUAACUAAUCCAGAGAUGGAAAAUGAAGAAGAAUCUUAUGCUCUUACUGUUGCAUCAGAGCUUCUUGUUAAAGGAAGUGAAAUCUGUUUAGCUCCAAUGGUUGAGGCUGUUCUUGUUCCAACUUUUUUAGGUUCGUAUUGUGAGAUGAAAAAGUGGAUUUAUGAGGAAGAUCUUACACUCUUUGAUGUUACUUUAGGAUCUGGUUUUUGGGAUUUUCUUGAUAAAAAUCCGAAUUACAAUAGAUCUUUUAACGAAGCAAUGGCUAGUGAUUCUAAAAUCAUAAACUUGGCUUUGAGAGAAUGUAAUUUAGUGUUUGAACAAUUGGAAUCAAUUGUGGAUGUUGGUGGAGGAACUGGAACAUGUGCUAAGAUUAUUUGUGACAUAUUUCCUAAGUUGAAAUGCAUUGUUUUUGAUAGGCCACAGGUUGUUGAGAAUUUAUCUGACACCAACAAUUUGAGCUAUGUUGGUGGUGACAUGUUCACAUCUAUUCCUAAUGCUGAUGCUGUUCUUCUUAAGUGGAUUUUACAUAAUUGGAGUGAUGAGGAUUGUAUAAAGAUAUUGAAAAAUUGUAAGGAAGUUGUUACAAAUGAUGGAAGAAAAGGGAAAGUGGUUGUGAUAGAUAUAGUGAUAAAUGAAAAGAAAGAUGAGAAGAACCUUACUAAAAUGAAGCUCCUUAUGGAUGUAAACAUGGCAUGUAUUAGUGGAAAGGAGAGAAAUGAAGAAGAAUGGAAGAAUCUCUUUAUCCAAGCUGGCUUUCAAGACUAUAAGAUAUCUCCUUUGACUGGAUUUUUAUCUCUUAUUGAAGUCUAUCCUUAA